UCUGUGGUCAAGCUGGAGGGAGGCAAACUCAUCCACGUGCAGAAGUGGGAUGGGAAGGAGACGUCGCUGGUCCGGGAGCUGAAGGAUGGGAAAUUAAUCCUGACCCUCACCAUGGGCAACGUCGUCUCCACCCGCACCUACGAGAAGGCCACAUAG